AUGGCCUCAUAUACAAUCGAAAUAGAAAACAUAGAAAUUACACUUUUACUUAAUUUCUCUAUAAAUAAAGUUUCAGAUUUACCAAAUAAUGUAUGUGAAAUAUUAAACGGCCAAUACGAAGAUGUAAUAAAUAAUGAACUUUCUACAUUUAUCGAGGCAAUAAAAAAUGGUGAUAACUUAGAAGAAAUUAUACAUAAUAGUUUAUCUGAAACUCAUACUCGUGUAUCAUGGCUGUGUACAGGAGUAGCUUCGUUAUUAUACUUUGUUCGAUGCAAUUGGACAGGACCUCCUAUUGAUAAAGAUAUUGAUUGGUUAAAAACCAGAAGGGCUGAAGCACUCAACCAUUUAUCCUUGCAUGACGGAUGUAAUAUAAAUGUACGAAAACCAGAACUUCUUUAUCUGUCUAAGAAAAUAUUUUCUAACGUAGAUCUGCAGCUUAAAUAUAAAAGUUGCAUUUGGUGGCUGUUUAGAGCUACUCUGUUGCAUCAACAUGUUUUAGAUGAAAACGCAGGAGUACUGUUUGAAGAAACUGAGAAUUUAAUAACAGAAAUUAAUAAUCUGAAUAUAUUAGAACAUGUUCUUUGUAAGCUUUUAUUCAAUCUGGAAGCAGCUACAUUUUAUUUGUACUAUAGAAGAUCACAAAAUUCUGAGAAGCAUCUUGAACAUGCACAAAAAAUAGCAGGCUUGAAAUUAAAUUUAGAAGGUGCAAUGGGAAAACGUACCAAGUAUCAACAAGAAGAAAAGCCUCAAUUAUACCUCAAGAUAGAAAUGAACGAGGAUACUUUUCCUUCGAUAGAUUGUGAAAAUGUACCAAGAUCUCUGAAUUUAAAUGACUUUGAUGAUUUGAGAUUAGACCGCAUUGAGUUUUCAGAACAUAAAGAAGAGACUAAAUUAGGUAUGAUAGAAGAAGCGAUAAUUUUAGGAAAAUAUGUUCAGUUGCAGCUGUGUCAACCUACAUACGAACUUACUGAUGAAGAAAUCAGGCCUUACCUAAGUAAAGUCAUUGAAAGUACAAAAAAUUGGUCAUUAAAGAUGACUUCUUUGUACUGCCGUUGUUCAUCGGAGUCUGAUAAGAGAACUGUCAAUAGAUCUAUGAAGCAAGCAGAAUCUCUAAUAAAUGAUUACAAUGAUGUAAAAGCACCUACAGUCAGAAGAAUGGAUUUAUUUUUUGCAAGUGGUAUGAAACCGAUUUGGAUGUUGGAGGAGAAGUGGGCUAAUCUAAUGUUCAGUUUUGGCGACGUAAAAACAGCUCUGGAAAUUUUUAUAAAACUAGAAUUGUGGGAAGAUGUGAUUGUCUGUUACAACGUGUUAAAUUUGAAACAUAAGGCAGUUGAGAUUAUCAAGCAGGAAAUAUCUAAGAAACCAACGGUAAAAUUGUGGUGUCUGUUAGGAGAUGCAACUGGAGAUGUGAGUCAUUAUGAAGUGGCAUGGAAAUUGUCCGAUGAAAAAAGCAGUAGAGUGCAAAAACAUUGGGGAUUAUAUUAUUUCACAAAGAAAAAUUAUGUCGAGGCAAUACCACAUUUAAAGCUAUCAGUUGAAUUGAAUAACAUUCAAGAAGAUGUGUGGUUUAGACUGGGCUAUGCAGCAUUACAGAUAGAAGAUUGGAAGUUGGCUGCUAUGGCAUAUAAACGUUACUGUUCUUUAGACCAAUUUGCUUUUGAAGCAUGGAAUAAUUUAGCAAAAGCAUACAUAAAAUUGGGAGAUAAAACAACAGCUUGGAAAUUUUUACAAGAUGCCAUAGCAUCUUGUUACGAUUGUUGGCAAGUGUGGGACAAUUUGAUGAUCGUAAGCAUUGAUUUGGGACAUUUUUCAGAGGUUAUUCGAUGUUAUCAUCGUAUUUUGGAUUUGAAAAGCAACCAUUUAGAUGUCCAAGUUCUCCAGAUACUAUCAAAUGCGAUAGUAAAUAAUAUUAAUGACGCGAACGGAAAUCCAGCAUCUCGUUUGCUUCAAAAUAGUUUGGAAUUAUUUGGAAGAAUCACUUCUAAUGUACUUAAUAAUCCAGAUAUUUGGAGAAUGUACGCUGAACUUGUCGUAUUGAAAAAAACAGACGUUGACGAAGAGAGAGCGGUACAGUAUUUACAAAAAGCGUAUCGUUUUAUCACUUCGAAUCCAUGGAGUCACAACGAAGCUGCAACUCUAAAUGUGCUGGAUUUAUGUUGUGAUUUAGCGCAAGCAUAUUUACGUUGUACUACUGAUAUUGCAGUUGUUAAGAAAAGGAAGAUGUUAGGAAGCGCUAAAUUGUCGCUUCUAGGGGUCGUGAAAAAAGUCAAGGAACAAGAGUGGAGUAAUACGAAUAUCAUCGAACAAUUAAUGAAAGUUGAAGAAUACUUAGCGAUUAUAACAAAUGAAUUAGAACAAAUAAAACCUACUUAAUGAGGAUAUUACUAGAAGAAUUCUUUUUCUACAGAACUUUAAAAUCAAUGAUAUAAUUGAUUUUAACAAGAUAA